CUACAGCUACACACCAUCAUGGAUGCCGCUUCAGAAUCCUCUAUCAUCUUCUUCCACACUGGAAUCGCUAUAAAAUAGGUGAGGAUCCAGAGCUCCAUGUGAGCUCCAUGGAUGUAGAAGAACAGUGAGUAAAGAGCACAAGAAUUGUUUCAAGAAAGCCUGGAGAAGAGAGAGAUGGCGAUGCGCCUGGCCGUGGUCGCCCUCGCCUUGUGCUGCUGCCUCAUCCACGCAUCAAGCGCUGCUGCUGAUACUUCGUUUUCUCCAGGAUUGAAGGUCAAGCAGGAUACCAGAGCAGCUCCGCCUUCGUGCGGCGCAGACGAUCAGGCCGUCCUGGCGGUAGAGGCGUCGGCAGCCGGCGACGGCGGCGCCGGCGGGAGGAUGGAUCUGGAGCUGGAGGACUACCCGGGCUCCGGCGCCAACGCCCGGCACUCGCCGUGGGGCCAGGAGCGGAGGAACUGAUGAGCUCUCCUCCUGCAUUCGCGUGCAGAGAGGAAUGGAGCAGAGGCCAGAGAGCGCACCUUCUUCAGACUUGAGAGUUUUGGAGUUUAUACUACUGUAAUACACGACUACCGUAUCUGUACCGUAACCCCUUCACACGUUAGUCCGUAUAUGUACACGCUGUCAGUUAUACAUACAUAAGGGUUUGGAAUGAGUGUGACAAACCAACGAGGGAGGCCAACCAGAAGUCGUUAUUUCAUAUAGAAUUUAUUUCUUUUUGAUACAAGGAUUUACGGUUCUCCUAUAUAUUUGGAGUAUAUUUUUGGAGCGGA